GAUACCGUACGUGCUACGACGAUGCAAGCAUCACCGACGCAGACGCCGACCGACAUGGCCCGCACAAAGGGCAAGCGCGUAUCUCGGGCGUGCCUAUCAUGCCGCCUGCGCAAGACGCGCUGCGAUCUCGACGCCGACGGCAAGACAGGCAUCCCGCCCUGCAAGCGCUGCGUCGAGCACCAGCUUGAGUGCGUGUUGGCCAAGUCGCGGCGCGGCGGCCGACGCAUCAAAGGCGUCCGCGGCAGCCUGCCUCCCAUCAAGAGCGUGCCUCAGCAGCCUAGCAUCAACACGCCGUCAUCGGACGGCGGCCAGAGCGCUGGGCUUGGCGCGGAGCGUCCUGACGCUGCAGUCGCACAGUCCCGCGGCAGCUCUGAGCACACGGCGUUGCGGCAGCAGCAGCAGGACCGGAAGCAGCAGCGGCAUCUCGAAAAUUGGCCGUCACCACACUCAGGUCCUCACUGGCGGGAAGGCUCGCCCGCCUCCACCGUGCCUGAAGAGAACGAGGAGGAGUCGAGGCAGGACUCAGACGGGCUCGAAGGCCACAUCGCCUCGACCGACCUGCUCAACCCGUCCGACGCCCUGGAUCUGCUCGCCCAGGUCGCUGACCUUGAGCCUGGCCGGCAAGCCAGCUCGGGCCGCGACGCUGGAAACCCUACUGCCCCUGUCCACGGUGCCACCAGCCCCGCCUCCUACUUUCCGCCGAUAACCGACGGGAUACUGACCUGGUCUGAGGCUUCGUACCUCGUCAAGCGCUAUCAUGACAAGUUCCAUCCCUUCUUUCCUGUCGCCAACAGCAGUAUCUUUGAUGGCAGACCGCCAGCGGAAUGGGCGGAAAAGGAACCGUAUCUGCUAACGGCCAUCCUGACUGUCGCCUCCAAGGAUGACCCAUCGUGGUAUCGCGUCUACGAGGCGUGCUCGCGGUACAUGGAAACGCUCGUGUCACGGCUCAUCUACUCGGGCUCCAAUAAUGUCGGGUCCGUUGAGGCGCUGCUGAUCCUGGCCGAGUGGACGCCGCAGCGGCCGCAGGACAACUCGACCAUCGGGUGCGGCCAGGAGGACCACGGCGCUUGGAUGCUGGUUGGCAUGGCCAUCCGCCUGGGAUAUCUGCAGCGACUGGAGCAGACAGCGCUGCUCCCGGAGGGAGGCAUCCAGUCUGUCGAUGCGAGCCGUAAGCGCAUUGCAUGGGCCGCGUGCUAUAUGUGCGAUCGCCAAGUCUCGAUUCGCCUGGGCAAGGGCUUUUGGUCGCGCGGGCCCAUCCCGUCCAUCAACUGGCGUGCUGCCGACUUUCCGUCCCUGCAAGCCCAGGCUCUUGGGCCGGACAACCUGGCGCUGCUGUUCCAGGCCCAGCUCGAGCUCAUCCAGCUAUUUAGCAACGCACACGAUAUUUUGUACUCAUCGUCGGCGCACAGAAAGCAGCUGUACCUGGGCGGAGAGUACAUCAGAUACAUUGACGACUUUGCUUCGGUGCUUCGCAAGUGGAAGCUGUCAUGGGCCAACUGCACCUUCACACCGCCAGUCAAGGCGUCCAUGGUGCUGUCAUUUGAGUUUCUCCGUCUGUACAUCAACGCAUUUGCCUUUCAAGCGACGCUGAACCGUGCAGUUGCGCGGGCGAGUCAACGCCCAUCGGGAAUGAAGGCACAGAGCGUUGGGACGCUGUUCUCUGAUGUUGCCGGCAACCCGGACGCGCGGUUCAUCUACGAGUCCAUCGACGCGGCCAACUCCCUGCUCAGCAUCCUCAAUAGCUUCAUUGAUCCGGUGGCUGGACUCAAGUGUAUGCCGCUCAAGUACUGUCUCUACGUCAUCUACGCGGCAGUAUUCCUCUUCAAGGCAAGGUUGGCCGGUGCUAUUAGCGGCGAAAACGAUGGAGGUGUAAGGCGGGCCAUCCAGGGAACCAUCUCACAGCUGCAAAAGUCCUCCAACAACCCCCAUAGUCUUGGCAGGCGGUAUGCCACGUCGCUGCGGCUACUGUGGCGCAAGUCGUCGAGCAAGCAGGGCAAGGGGCGGAGGGAAUCGCUGCGGGAGCCGCCGACGCCGGUGCAGGACAUGCGACCUGACGACGUGCAGGCCGAUAAGGCGCUGGAGCUGGACCCACUCAACGGCUUCUCAUGGCGGGACCUGGACUCGCUCGGGCAAUACAUCGCGAGCAACUCGGCGCUUAGCAUGACGGAUGGGAUGCUGACGAGCCCCGAGUUUGACUGGGAGCACAGCAGCUCGGGCCUAGACGACCUGGCGAUGCGGCCGCAGUUUGACAAUGUGUGGUCGGGACAUGACAUUAUCUUCUGAUACUUCUUUUUUCAUGUCCCACCUUUGCCUGUUUUUUUCUUCUCAGCUAGCGGGCUUGGAGACGAUAGGCAAAAUGGAUAACUCGCC